CUUAGGCCUUGGGGGCCAAACCACUUUCACUCGUUGCCUCCCCACGAGCAGCGUUGGACUCCCACAAACAGAGCGGCAUUUCGUCGAGCACCUUGGCCGCGGUGGCGUCGACGACCUCCAGCCAGCGGAGGAGCGGGAGCGUCGACGGAGGCCUGGCGGAAGACCGCACGGACAUGAGCACGUCGAGCUCCUGGCGGAAGACACGGUGGAGGCGCUCGCUGCUCCACCGAACCUUGACGGCGCCGUGGCAGGAGGAGAUGAGCGACGCCAGAGCGGCUACUAGCAAACGAAAUGCUCCCCGUGCCUCGGCUCUUCCGUUCUCGCUCUCGCUCCUCGCCGCGGCCCACCCCUGCUCCAGCCCGGCGUGCCUGCUCGUCUCCACCACCCAGCCUAUACCUCUCCUCAAAGCACCGUUGAGGUCAUCCCGACGCGGCGGCUUAGGAAGACCGCCGGCCGCGACCGCGACCGCGCCCACCCCCGCCACGCGCGGCAGCUGCUCGACGGAAUGCCGGCCUCGCCGCGAGACGCCAUCUUCCGCGCCACCAACGCGCGCGUCUAGCCGCGGCAGCGCCGGCCCUGCCCCAGUGCGGGCGCGCGCUUCUUUGGCGGCGGCUCGGUGGCGUUCCCGAGGAAUGGAUGAUGGGAUCGGUGGUGUUCAAGAAUCAAGUGACAUGUCUAUUUCGAGCGAUGACGACGGCAUUACGCAGCGAAGGGAAAGCAAUGUGGAGCUUGCACAUGGCCCUGCUGAAGCUCAACCAGAUGGAUCACUUGGAGAACCUGAAGUGGGGAUGUCCUUUGGUACCGAGAAUGAGGUGAGAGAGUACUACAACACAUAUGCUAAAGCAAAAGGCUUUGGUGUGACGAGAAGGAGCUCAAACCGUGAUGAUAAUGGACAACUGAAGUACCUUACAUUUUCCUGCUCUCGCUAUGGUAAGGCUCAGUCCAACUCAGGAAAUAUGUUGAAGCCAAGUCGAACAGCCGGGACAGGAUGUAAAGCUAAAAUCAACAUUACCCGUGCUCCUGAUGGGAGGUUUCAUCUUUCGACGGUCAUUUUGGAUCAUAAUCAUACAUUAAGUCCACUUAAACCUCGGCAGUUCAGAUGCAACAAAAAGUCAGACUUCCGUGUCAAGCGAAGGCUUGAGCUGAAUGACCCGGCUGAAAUACGAAUAAACAAGAGUUCAACCAUACCUCGUGUCACACACUUUGACAUCGAGAAGCAAUUUCAAUCAGCCUAUACGAAUUCGAAGUUCAAAGAAUUUCAAGAAGAGCUAACACAAACUAUGUACUGUGAUCGGAAGUUGAUGCAGAAGGAGGGGGCGAUAGAAACAUAUGAAAUCACCGAGGAUGUGCUGAUUGACGAAGAUAAAGGAUGGAGAAAAGAUAUUGUGCACCAUGUAUACUUAAGUGAGGAAGAAUUUGAAGUUAAGUGUUCAUGUCGCCGCUUUGAGUUCACUGGUAUUCUCUGUAGGCAUGUGUUAUGUGUGCUCACUCACAAGAAAAUCAAAGAGGUUCCUCCACAAUACGUCCUUGAGCGGUGGAAAAAAAGUGUGAACAGAAAGCACAACUUUAUCAGAUGCACAUAUGGCGGCAUGGAAGACACUCCUGCUGCAGAACGUUUUGAUAGAUUGUGCAAUUCUUUCUACCCAGUUGCAGAGAUAGGCGCCAUGUCAGAUGAUUCAUGCAAUGCUUUGAUGGAAGAGCUUCACACCCUGAAAAUUCGAUUCUCUAGCAACUCAAGUUCUGAAAAUGGUAAGGAACAUGUUGCUACACGGGAAGAUGCACCUUCGAAUGGAAAGACAACAAGUAAAACUAUACCAAGUCCAAUAGCUGUCAGGUGUGCUGGAUGUCCUCUACCAAGAAAAGAAUCUAUGCUUGAUAAGCUUAUUUGUCAAGCAAACGAAAAGAAGAAGGAAGCUGAACAAAAGGCUUCCUCCACAAAUUUGAACAAGAAAAGGCCCCAUAAAAAUAGAAAAUCAUCAGUGGAUGAUAUUCUAGAGCAACAUGUUAUGGAACAUUCGAGUCAGCAACCUGUUUGUUUGGAUGGCCCAGCUAGUAGCAUCACAUCUCAGAGAACAUUUGACUUGGCUAUUACCACUAGCAACAUAAAUCCAUCUGUGACAGCUACAAUACCAUCUGGAGGUUCAUCGACGAUGGUUAUGCCUCAAAUUCUUGGAGAAUACACACUUAUGCCAUUUCAAGUUCAACAAGGAUCGGCUAUAGUGUCCAGCUCUGCAGAAUUACACUUUGCUGGAACUGGAGGGCUCAACAAUACGGUGGAUCGGAGUUAGACAGGAUUUAUGUAAUUUGAAGAUGUUGGAUGCUGUGUUUUUAGUGUAGUAGCUGAUAGGCACCAGGGCACUAGAAUGUAGGCACAUUUAUGUGCAUCUUCUGGUUUCUCCCCUAAGUACUAGAACUGAUUACACAAUUAUUAUACAUUUGCAAUUUUUUAAGGAUAUGCGUGUGUGCACAUUUUGCAA